GCUCCCCCCGCUGCCCCGCGCGGAGGUUCCGCCGCCCGCCAGGCCCCGGGCACAGGAAUCCCAAGAGGAAUCCGUAAAUCCCGGGAAUUUUUGCCUCUGGAAGCUCGGGAUGCGUUAGAAUUCCAAGAAUUCCCUUUCCCUGAGGAAUGCAGCACCAUGCGCUGCCUGGCCCGCCUCAGCUCCAAGGCGCUGCUGGUUCUCUGCGCGCUCCUGGCGCUGCUCUCGCUGCUCCUCUGGAGCCGCUGCUCCCACCAUUCCCAAACCCCGGCGCGGCCCCCGGUGCGCCCCGAGGAGGAGGAGGAGGAGGAAGCCUCGCCCCGGGACGCUCCGGGAAUCCCGGGAAGCGCCGGGAAAGCGGCGGCGCCGCGCUACGAGGAGAUCGACUGCGUCAUCAACGAGGAGCAGACGGUGAAGGGGCGGCGCGAGGGCUCCGAGGUUUUCCUGCCCUUCAGCUGGGUGGAGAAAUACUUCCAGGUGUACGGGCGGAUCAGCGGAUCCGACGGGAACGAGCGCUUCGAGUUCUCCCACAGCUACUCCAAGGUGUACGCGCAGCGCGCGCCGUACCGGCCCGACGGCGUCUUCAUGUCCUUCGAGGGCUACAACGUGGAGCUGCGCGACAGGGUCAAGUGCAUCAGCGGGGCUGAAGGAGUUCCCGUCUCCACGCAGUGGGGCCCUCAGGGCUACUUCUACCCCAUCCAGAUCGCCCAGUACGGCCUGAGCCACUACAGCAAGAACCUGACCGAGAAGGCGCCACACGUGGAGGUGUACGAGACGGCGGGAGACGGGAUCGAGAGCGUCGGGAAUAGCGGGAAUGAGGGCGGGAACGGCCGCUGGACCGUGCCCAAGGGCUGCUCCCUCGCCACCGUCUGGGACAAAUCCCGCCUCACCGCCGUCAAGCACUUCUCCUGCCCCGAAAACUCCGAGGGCGUUUCCCUGGAGCUGAACAACGGCCGCGAUUUCAUCAUCUCCUUCGACCUGAAGCUGCAGGGCAACGGCAGCGUCUCGGUGCUGCUGGAGACCACGGAGCGGGGCCGGCCGCUGGCCGUGCGCUACGCGCCGGGGGCGCCGCUGCUGGCGCUGCGCGACGGCGACGUCGUCUACGGCAUCGGCGGCGCGGGCGGCGGCUGGAGGCGGCUGACGCGCGACCUCCUGACCGACCUGCGCAAGGGGCUGGGGCUCUCGCGCACCAAGGCCGUCAAGCAGACCAAGGUGGCCCCCAAGAGGCUCCUGCGCUUGGUGGCCAAAGGCCGCGGCUUCCUGGACAACGUGACGGUGGCGGCCAGCGCGCACACGGCCGCCUUCUUCGCCGCCAGCCGCUGGCUGCUGCGCAACCAGGACGAGCGCGGCGGCUGGCCCAUCGGCGUCACCAGGAAGCUGGGAGAAGGUUUCAAAUCCCUGGAGCCGGGCUGGUACUCGGCCAUGGCGCAGGGCCAGGCCAUGUCCACGCUGGUCAGGGCGUACCGGCUGACCGGGGAGCCGGCCUUCCUGAGCGCCGCGCUGCGCGCCACCGCGCCCUUCAAGCUGCCGGCGGAGCGGCGCGGCGUCAAGGCGGUGUUCAUGGAGCGGCACGACUGGUACGAGGAGUACCCCACCACGCCCAGCUCCUUCGUGCUCAACGGCUUCAUGUACGCCCUGAUCGGCCUCUACGACCUGAAGGAGACGGCGGGCGAGGAGCGCGGCCGCGAGGCGCGGCUGCUCUACGAGCGCGGCAUGGAGUCGCUGAAGGCCAUGCUGCCGCUCUUCGACACCGGCUCCGGCAGCGUCUACGACCUGCGGCACUUCACGCUGGGCACGGCGCCCAACCUGGCGCGCUGGGAUUACCACACCACCCACAUCAACCAGCUGCAGCUGCUCGCCUCCGUGGACGACGCGCCCGUCUUCAGGGAGUUCGUCAAGAGGUGGAAGAGUUACCUGAGAGGGGGCAGAGCCAAGCACAACUGAGAGCCGGGGACGGAGAGGAGAGCGGGGCCGAGGGACGGCGGGGAUCGGGAAUGUUGAGGGGGAGCGGUGACGCGCGGGUCCCAAAAUAAAGGAAAAAAUGGGAUUUUGGGAUUGCUGCGGGGAAGUCAGGGCAGAGAGGUCCCAAAAACAAGGAAAAAAUGGGAUUUUGGGAUUGCUGCGGGGAAGUCAGGGCAGAGAGGUCCCAAAAACAAGGAAAAAAUGGGAUUUUGGGAUUGCUGCGGGGAAGUCACGGCAGAGAGGUCCCAAAAACAAGGAAAAACUGGGAUUUGAAAUUGCUUCAGGGAAGUCACAGCACGGCAUGGAGAGGUCCCAAAACCAAGGAGGAACUGGGAUUUGAGAUUGCUCCAGGGAAGUCAUGACAGAUAGGUUCCAAAAACAAGGAAAAAAUGGGAUUUGGAAUUGCUGCGGGGGAGCAGUGACCCAGCACAGAGCAUUCCCAAAAACAAGGAAAAAAUGGGAUUUGGAACUGCUGCAGGGAAGUCGUGACCUGGCACGGAGAGGUCCCGAAAUAAAGGAAAAAUGGGAUUUGGGAUUGCUGCGGGGAAGUCACGACGGAGAGUUCCCAAAACCAAGGAAAACUGGGAUUUGGAACUGCUGCAGGGAAGUGGUGACAGACAAUUCCCAAAAACAAGGAGAAACCGGGAUUUGAAAUUGCUCCGGGGAAGUCACGGCCCAGCACGGAGCAUUCCCAAAGUAAAGGAAAAACCGGGAUUUGAAAGUGCUCCGGGGAAAUCGUGGAAUCGCGGCUCAGCACGGAGCAUUCCCAGAAAAAGUGGGAUUUAAAACUGCUCCGAGGAAAUCGUGGAAUCACAGCCGGGCAUGGAGCAUUCCCAAAAAACAGCCGGCACUGAAAGUGCUCCGGGAAAAUCGCUGCUCCCAUUCCCGGCGCGGGAAGCUUUGGGAUCGUGACGCUCCCGCCCGGAGCUCCGGGCAGGGAUUUGUUGGGAUUGGUUUUGCCUUUUCCAAGGAAAAGGUUUUGCAGGAGCCACAGAAACCUUGGAAUUGCGGCCCCGAGAGCUCAUCCCGGGCCUCUCCCGGUGGGAUUUGGCUCCGUGUGGGAGCGGCUCCCGCGGGAAGCGCUCGGAGCCGGGGAGGCUGUUCCUCGGGAUCGGCCUUUUCGGGAUGAGAGAUCCGUGCUUGGAAUUCUCUGCCCGGAGAUCCUGGAGCUGCUGGAGGGAUUUUUCAUGGAAAACACGUGGCCGGCGUCAUGGAAGCACAAGUGGGAGCCUGGAGCGCACAGCGCUGGGAUCCAUAUCCCAAUCACUGGAAUUCCCUGGGAGCUGGGAUCCCGUAUCCCGGUCACUGGAAUUCCCUGGGAGCUGGGAUCCC